GUCACUGCAUUGCGCUGCCACCGUCAAUAGGUGGACCCCCUCCUAGGGAAAUAAAACCGCCGGAGCCGAAGCUGGCAGUCCCUGCUGCCUGAGACCUCAGCUCCCGCCUACCCAGAAGGCCGCUCUACUUCCUCUCCCCUCCCCCUUGCCCCAAGCUUCUUAGGUAGUACCUGCCCUCCUGACAGAAACCCGGGAAGAUGGGAAAGGAAAAGACCCACAUCAACAUCGUGGUCAUUGGACAUGUUGACUCUGGAAAAUCCACCACCACAGGGCACCUCAUCUACAAAUGUGGGGGCAUUGACAAGAGAACGAUCGAAAAAUUCGAGAAGGAGGCAGCUGAGAUGGGGAAAGGCUCCUUUAAAUAUGCCUGGGUCCUGGACAAGCUGAAGGCUGAACGUGAACGAGGCAUCACCAUUGACAUUUCCCUCUGGAAGUUUGAGACCACCAAAUACUACAUUACCAUCAUUGAUGCCCCUGGACACAGAGACUUCAUCAAGAACAUGAUUACUGGGACAUCCCAGGCUGACUGUGCAGUCCUAAUUGUGGCUGCCGGCGUGGGUGAGUUUGAAGCUGGAAUCUCCAAAAAUGGGCAGACUCGUGAACAUGCCCUAUUGGCUUACACCCUGGGGGUGAAACAGCUCAUUGUGGGGAUCAACAAGAUGGACUCCACAGAGCCCCCCUACAGCGAGAAGCGUUAUGAUGAAAUUGUCAAGGAGGUCAGCGCCUACAUCAAGAAGAUUGGCUACAACCCUGCCACAGUCCCCUUUGUGCCCAUUUCUGGUUGGCAUGGAGACAACAUGUUGGAGCCCUCUCCUAACAUGCCUUGGUUUAAGGGCUGGAAGGUAGAGCGGAAGGAAGGCAACGCCAGCGGAGUAUCCCUGCUGGAAGCCCUGGACACUAUCCUGCCUCCAACCCGCCCCACAGAUAAGCCCCUGCGUCUUCCCCUUCAGGAUGUCUACAAGAUUGGAGGCAUCGGGACCGUCCCGGUGGGCCGAGUGGAGACCGGGAUCCUGAGACCUGGGAUGGUAGUGACCUUUGCCCCGGUGAACAUCACCACAGAGGUGAAGUCGGUGGAGAUGCACCACGAGGCCCUAAGCGAGGCCCUGCCAGGAGACAACGUCGGCUUCAAUGUGAAGAACGUGUCCGUGAAGGACAUCCGCCGGGGCAACGUCUGCGGAGACAGCAAGUCCGACCCACCCCAGGAAGCAGCUCAGUUCACUUCCCAGGUGAUUAUUCUGAAUCAUCCUGGCCAGAUCAGUGCUGGGUACUCCCCUGUCAUCGACUGCCAUACAGCCCACAUUGCCUGCAAAUUCGCUGAGCUGAAGGAGAAGAUUGACCGACGUUCUGGCAAGAAGCUGGAGGACAACCCCAAGUCCUUGAAAUCUGGGGAUGCCGCCAUCGUGGAGAUGAUCCCAGGAAAACCUAUGUGUGUGGAGAGCUUCUCCCAGUACCCACCCCUUGGCCGCUUUGCCGUACGCGACAUGAGGCAGACCGUGGCCGUGGGCGUCAUCAAGAACGUGGAGAAGAAGAGCGGUGGAGCUGGCAAGGUCACCAAGUCUGCACAGAAGGCCCAGAAGGCUGGCAAAUGAAUUGUAGGCUCCCCGUGCAUCGCGCAGAGACCAUCCCCCUCUCCCGGACGCUGUCACCUUCUCCCCGAGGCGCAUGUGUGCACAUCCGCUUGUAAGAGUUUAAAUGUCAACGACUGGAUGCUCACCAUUAAGGUCCAGUGGAAAUUCUUUAAAAGGAAAAGCAUGUUCCAGAGUUUGUGAGGCUUCGUGUUAAUUUUACCAAUAAACUGGUACAACAUCCACAGUG